AUGCAGGGGUGGAGCGACGAGAAAUGCAGGCGUGAUUUCAGAGUGAGUCUGUGCUCAGCCUCGCGACAGCUGAACGGAGACGGAUCCGACCCGCCACAGCGAAUCGCAGCUGCCAAAACCGCACUUUCGUUAGGUCUAACAGCGGUCAAAGAAAUCCUCCACCCCGAUUCCAUCUCAGACCGCCAGUGCGCGGACCCUGAAGCCUGGCUCGCACCUGUGCUGGCCACGUACCCAACACCAUGCGCUCCCAACGACGUCCCAUACAAGCUUCGAGCCGCAAGUCUGCGUAAGCACAAAGGACAGCACAAGAUCCUCUUGGGGGAAUUUCGGACCGCCAUGGCGCUCGCAUGCCACGCUGAAUGCUCCAGCGCCGUCGCCAAACGCUCUCGUGCCCGUCGAUCAAUAGGCAUCAGGAAGCUCAACACGGCGUGGGCGUCGGCCCUCCUCCUGCUAGCAACCUCAACGGGCGCCGAUGCUCUCUUUGGUAUCGGAGAAAAGCGCUUCAAGUAUGAAGGGCUCAUCAAUGCCGGAAGCCUCGGUCUCGACCAGAUCAACGGACAAAUAGCCGCGUGGGGCGACUGGAACGGCGACCAGUUUGUCGACGCCAUCGUCGUAGAUGCGGAUCGCUCGACAGCAAGCAUACACGUAUGGGAUCACUCUGACUUCGGAUUCAAGCGCAGCCCGGCAGCUACAGUCCAGACACCCGCCGGCCAAAAGAUCAGCAAUGUGGUGGCGGCCGACAUCAACUACGAUGGCCGACUCGAUCUUCUCGUCAUGUCCCAAAACCCCGCCAGCUCCUCCAAAGAGCUUUCCAUGCAGAUCUUCUUGGGCGAAGAGGGCGGAUCAGGUUUCAAGACGACACCACUGUCGUCGCCGUCAUCGACGCUAGCCCAGCCCAUCUCUAUCGAUGCCUCGGGUGACAUGCAGAUGGACUUGCUCGGAAUCCCCUUCUCCGACACCCCAGCAGCGGGAAAGAACGCCUCCGAUCUCAAGAUCUGGCGGAACCUUCUCGUCGAUCUGUCCAAUUCCACAGCGGCAUUUGACAUUGCCGACGCACCGCUGCUCAACGCCGACGCCGCGCCCGCAUGCAAGCUGGCGAACCCCCACAGCUCCGCCUUUGUCGACCUCAACGGCGACUGUCUGGCAGACCUCUUCCUCGUCUGCUCCGAAGAGUCUUUCCUCAGCUCCAAGCACACGUACCAGAUCUGGACAGCGGUCAAGCCUAACUCCAAGGGCCAGGGUUCUGGCUUCAAGCUUGCCUCGUCCGGCGACCUACCCCCGGGCACAGGAGCGCUGAGCUUCGGCGAUGUUGACCGCGACGGAACGAUCGAUGUCAUCUUCCCCACCUGCGAUCGAAGCGGCGACAACUGUGUCGUGAAUGUCGCCUUCAACCGACAAGUCCCACUCUGCUCCCCGCGCAUUGAUGGCUUCUUUGGAGGCGGACCGGGCUUCGGCUCCUUGACCACGGGCAAGAAAGAUUCAGGACCUCAUGCGAACGCCACUGAUGUAGAUCAGGCAAAGGGAAAAGCGGAGAGCGCGUGUCGCGAAGCAGAAGACCUCUGUGUCGCCGAUGACGGCUUCCGCAUCGACUUUACCGUUAGCAAGUCCAACGCCGAUCUGCUGCGUGUUCCGCUCGAUAAGCUGACGGGCGACAGUCGGUUGCUGUCCAGCGACGCGCUCGCGCCGUCGUUCCUCAACCUACCCAACGCGCUGCACCUGGGCGACUACAACAAGGACGGCUAUCCGGAUCUUGUCGUGGUCACCAUUCCCGAUCGCACUGCGGCGGGCGGGCGGAACAACGCGCGCGGCACCGGCGAGACGCGCGCGCACAUCCUGCGCAACCUCGAGUGCAGCAAAGUGCCCGCGAGCGAAAAGGCGGACCUCGGAUGCGUUGCCGACCGGCCCGAGGGACGCACGUUCAUCAAGGUCACCGCCGGCGCCAACUCGCUCGAGGUGCUCAGGGACGUGCGCAGUGCGAGCUGGAUCGACAUUGACGAGGACGGCACGCUGGAUCUGGUGCUGCAGCGCACCUCCUCCGUCUCGGACGGCCUGGACUCGAGCCGUCGCAUCACGUUUGUGCACAACAACUACUUCCACGACUCGUUCUUCCUCAAGGCACUCACGCUCAACGGCGCCUGCCAGGGAUUCUGCGAGCCCAAGGACGCACCCAAGUUCCAACCCUGGGGGACCAACUACGGCGGUGCUUCGUACAAGUUUACCGUGCUCGACCCGAAUGGGGUGCGUCGGGCGCAGCAGGUGGGACAGCUUCCGCAGACCGCAUACCGCUCGCUGCUGACGCCGUACAGCUAUUUCGGCCUGGGCAGGACGAACAACUACGUCGAGUCGCUCUUUAUCGGGUCGACGCGGCGGCAGAAGGAGCACUUCCUGGCGGUGGAGGGUGUGAUACCCAACAGCCAGGUGGUCAUCAACCCGUGGCAGGGCGGACGCGGCAGUGAGAACGAGCGCGGUGGUCCCGGCACAUGGACCAAGCAGCUGUACCUGCAUCCGGGCGACUGGAUCCCCUGGGUGACCGUGGUGCUCAUCACCACCAUCGUCGGGCUGGCGGUCAUCGUGGUGGUGCUGCACAUCAACGAGCGCCGCGAAGACGAACGCGAGCGCAAACGCGCCGUCAACGCCAUCAAUUUUGACGCCCUGGUCUGGCGCUUGGGUGACGGAUUUGAGCGCGUCUGGGCGCGGCAAGAAGAACAACACUUUGGCGCGUUUUGCUCGGUCCUCACCGCACCUCGUUCUGCCGUCAUCCCACUGCGCAACCCUUCAUUCCAUCAUUCCGGAAACAAGAUGACAGCCACCGAGACGGCUACGACUGGGUCGCGAGCCGAAUUACGAUCACGAACCUCGGUCUUGAUUCAUCCAGACCUUGCACAUGGAGGACGCUUCCUGGUCUUGCCGCACCCACGCACGGGGAUUCCCACCUACUACCUGCACUCCAGCCAUGCCAGCGCCAGCGCCUCGACUGCAGGCUCGAAUGCUGCCUCUGCGGACGGGGAGCUGUUUGAGCUGUCGACGAUCAAGGACACCAAGCACGAUCGGUCGUGGAUGGUGUCGGGCGUGAACACGGUGGUGUCGGCUGGACAGCUCGAAGUGCUGUCGCGGGUCGAUGUGCGCUUCCUCGUGAUUUCGCUACUGUACUCUGCGCUGGGCGAUCGCAAGUUCCGCUCGCUCGAGGAUACCUUUGAACAGAUCGCGCUCGGUCUGUAUGCCAAACGCUCAGACGAGGCCGUCGAAGCUGUAGCAGCCCUCAAAGCGUCGACCGAGGCCAAGGAUGCUGACGCUUCACGCGAAUGGUCCGACAUCCUCACGUUCGGCUCACUUCCACUCGUACACACCGCUCUGGCUCAAGUUGCUGAUGUUCAAGAUCUUCCUGGUGGCGAAAAGGCGUUUCGAAUGUCACUUUCCAAGGUGUUUGCGAUCCUCGACGACAAGCACAGUCGAUUGGCAAUGCGGUCCACGUUCGCAGCAGCACCCAACACACUCGGACGCAGCUUUGAACGUCGCUGGCCGCUCGAUUCGGACCCUUCGGCCUACCUCACCGAUACACCGAGCACAGACGCCGACGAGCCCAAGGAAGCUACACAGCUGCGCCGCACGCUCGCUGCCGAGAUCAUUGCCACCAACCUGCCGCCCGCACUUGCGGCUGAAUACUGCACGCACCUCGGCAUCGCAUCUGCCACUUGA